CUGAGCAGCUGAAGGGCUUAAAGGGGAGGGAGUUUCAGAGAGGCGGGGAGCAAGAGGUGGCGAGAGAGAGACAGAGAGAGAGACAGAGAGGGAGAGAGAGAGAGAGAGAGAGAGAGCGGGGGAGAGGGACUGUAUAAGGAAAACAGUUUUCAGCGCUCUGCAGCCUCUGACAAGUUGCAGGUGAACAUUCUAGAGAAUGAUGCAAAACAACGUGCGGAGUCAGACCUGGGCCAGCAAUCUGACGGUGCAUAGUUGUGUUUCAGCAGUCACCUGCCUGUGGGAUCGUCAUUUCAGUAAUCAAAUACUCGCUUCGGCAAGUGUACUGUGCCCAGUCUGGAGCAGUACUAUCUGCCUUGGACACAAAAUCACAAAAUAGAUUAACAGUUUAAAAACAAUCAUAGCAAUUCAAUGGACAGGGGGAAUAUGUCCAUAUCUAACCUUAUGAAUAGUGAAUGAGCCCGAUAAGCGCACACACAGGCCAAUUUCACGAGUUAGUGACAGCCUGCAGUUAAUACCAGUACUGAAACAGUUCACCUCUCCAGGGUCUAAUUCAAAAAUGCAUCCAAAGUUGUUUCGGCCAAUUCGCCUGCCAAGGAAAAUUAGCCUUAUAAAAUGGAAAGUCUGAAGUCAUUUAUGGCAUGCCAGAAAGAUUAAGCCAAAGCUGUAUCCAAAGUACUUUUACAGUUGAAAGAGCAACUCGUCGCUGUGCCAUUAGACUGGGCCUGAGUGGGAAUAUGAAUGACCGGCGGCCUUUUCUGAAUCCACGACAUGGUGGCUGCGGUCUGGCUUUUAUGAGCAGAAGUUUGCAGGCAGCAGCAAAGCAUUUCCGAAGAGGCCAGCAGAAAGGAUUGAAAUGCAUGGAAGGGAAAACCACAUGUCUGCUGCAUGGCUGGUCAUGCUCAGAUACCAUUAGCAGUAGGAUGCUAAUGCUGGACGGUAUGCCUGCAGUCAAAGCAGAACCACUGGAGUCUCAGCAAACGCCCCCAAAAGUCCAUGACUACUCAAACAUGGAUAUUCCACUCCUGUUAAGAAAAGGGAGACCUGAGUUUCCACGGCGACAGCUCCAUGACCAGUUUCACACACAGACUGAGCCUGUGGACUUGUCAAUCAACAAAGGCCGACUCUCCCCUCACCUCGCUGGGACGUCCCCUCGGUCCUCUCCGGCGAUGUCUGCCUUCUCUCCCUCCCCCACUUCAUCCUGCCCCCCCACGAUCAUCUCGUCAGCCCCGCCCUCAGGGAUCUCCCCCGUGUUGACGUCGGGUGCCCUGCUGCCCCCCUCCCCUGUCAUGAGGGGCCAGUCGUUUUUGCACAUCAUCCACCCCGUGUCCCCUUGCAGCCCCAUGACCCUCCAGAGCCCCAAGCUCCCCAGCCGCGCUCAUCACAUCCCCGUGGUGGUGCGGGCCACGCCCAUGAUGUACGCGGACAUGCACGCUCCCCGGAGCCGCAACUCCGCAAUGAUGCUACCUCUGCUGGAGAAGCGAAGGGCUCAGGGCAAGGCACUAUCUAAUCCUAAUGGCUUAUUGAGGGAAAUCAAAAACGACAGCGACGAUGACGACCUGCCAAACGUGACGCUGGACAGCGUGAACGAGACGGGCUCCACCGCACUCUCCAUCGCCAGGGCCGUACAGGAUUCCAUGUCUCCAUUCAGCAUCGAGAGCAUGUCGCGCCCACGGAGGUCCGAGUCCCCAGAUCCCAAAAAGAGACGCAUCCACAGGUGUGACUUUGACGGCUGUAAUAAGGUGUACACAAAGAGCUCCCAUCUGAAAGCGCACCGGAGGACACACACGGGUGAGAAGCCAUACAAAUGCACGUGGGACGGCUGCACAUGGAAGUUCGCCCGCAGCGACGAGCUGACGCGGCACUACCGCAAGCACACGGGCGUCAAGCCGUUCAAGUGCAUGGACUGCGAGCGCAGCUUCUCCCGCUCAGAUCACCUGGCGCUGCACCGCCGUCGCCACAUGUUGGUGUGAGGG